AUGGCUACCUCCAGUGUCAAAUUUUUGGGUCAGUUGGGAUGGCGGCUUAUUCGCGUCCAAAAGAGCCGAACCGAUGCAUUUCUUGCAGUAGCGCAGAAAGGCUCAUUGAGAGGACUAUGCAGGGCUUAUGGCACCAGUGGCUCCUCCGUCACAGCAAAGCUCAGCAGAGUUGUCCAACGUAGCAACACAAGGGUGCUCGGAGGAUGCGCCUUCUUACUUGGAGGAGGAAUCGGCUUGUAUCAAACUUUUAAAUUGUCAGUUCACCAAACCCACUUGUCAGAGGAUGAAACUCCAAUGCAGGAAUCAGAUUCAGAAACGAAGCUGACACUGUAUCAAUACAAGACCUGUCCUGAAUGCAGCAAAUUGAGAGCUUUCUUGGAUUACUAUGGUAUUCCAUAUGAGACGGUGGAAGUCAGCCCUGUAACACGCCAGGAGAUCAAGUGGUCCGAGUACAAGAAAGUGCCGGUCCUGAUGAUUGAGGGCAAAGAGACUCUGGUAAGAGCAAACAACUAUACCCAUAUACUAAAGCAAAUAAACAAUGCUCAAUUGAAUGACUCAUCUGUUAUCAUCAGUGCCAUGAAGACCUGCAUGAUUGACAAGAGCAAGUCUCUUCCAGAGGUUAUAAGCUACUAUCCAAGACUGACAUCAACAAACAUCUUUGGACGAGAAGUUACAGAGUUCACCAACCGAUACUGGGUGAUGCUGAAUGAGAUUGCAAUUGAGCUGAUCUACCCGUCAAAAAAUGCCAGAAAGCAAGAGGUCAGGUGGAGGCAGUGGGCAGAUGACUGGCUGGUGAAUUUGAUCUCCCCAAAUGUGUACCGCAGCCCCGCUGAGGCCCUAGCUUCCUAUGACCACAUUGUGCGUCAGGGCAAGUUUGGCCCUGUAGAGGGCGUCCUCGCCAAAUAUAUGGGAGCAGUCUCCAUGUUCUUCAUCUCUAAGCUGCUGAAAAUCUGGUACAGGUUGCAGGAUGAUGUCAGACAGGACCUCUACAGUGCUGUUGAUGAAUUUAUAACAGCCAUUGGCAGGAGAAGGAAGUUCAUGGGUGGAGACAGACCCAAUCUUGCCGAUCUGGCUGUGUAUGGUGUCCUACGAGCCAUGGAGGGCCUGCAAGCCUUUGACGAUGUGAUGGAGAGGACCAAGGUGAAAAAGUGGUAUCUGGCUAUGGAGAAAGCUACUCGAGAGCAUCAUGGCCAGGAAUGAUUCUCUAAUCACACAAGGGCUAAUGCAGUCAAAACUCUCCAUGGGAACUAUCUGAAGAACCAAUGAGCAUUCACCAAGCUCCUGACUC